UCUAGCAACCACUGACGUCAGAAUGUCAAUAAUUGCCGACCUUGCCCCUAACCUCACUUUCCCAAACCCAAAUCAAGUCAGAUAAGCCCUAACCAUGAAGUCAACUUUCCCCACACAAGAAUGAGCGUAAUCACGAAAUCGACGCCCCACAACCUCAAAAGUGACGUCGGCAUCUUCAAACACGUGAAAUUCGAGCACUUCAUCGCCGGCAUCAGUGGCGGCGUCACGUCUACCCUAAUCCUGCACCCCCUCGACGUAAUUAAAAUCCGCUUCGCCGUCAACGAUGGACGCCUGCACAAAACACCCCAGUACUCGGGAAUAUGGAACGCCUUCACCACCAUAUUCCGGAAGGAGGGACUCCGGGGCCUCUACCGAGGCGUCACACCGAACGUGUGGGGCGCCGGCAGCUCCUGGGGACUCUACUUUCUCUUCUACACGACAAUAAAAACGUGGGUGCAAGGGGGCAACGCGAACGUGCCGCUGAAACCCACUCAACAUCUAGUGGCAGCGUCAGAAGCCGGUGUGAUUACUCUAUUCAUCACCAACCCGUUCUGGGUUGUCAAAACUAGGUUAUGUCUCCAGUUUGGGGCUGGUCAAGAACAGUACAAGGGGAUGAUUGACGCUCUGGUUAAAAUUUUUCAACAGGAUGGAAUCCGGGGGUACUAUAAAGGUCUAGUUCCAGGGAUUUUUGGGGUGUCGCAUGGUGCUGUACAGUUCAUGGUGUAUGAAGAACUGAAGAAUACGUAUAGUGUGUACUAUGGUUUGCCAAUUUCGACGAAACAGGGAACGGUUCAGUAUCUUUCAUUCGCUGCAUUGUCGAAGCUUGUGGCUGCGGGAGCUACGUAUCCAUAUCAAGUGGUCAGAGCGAGGUUACAGAAUCAACAUUAUUCAUAUACAGGGACUUUGGACUGUAUUUCGCAAACAUGGAGGUAUGAAGGCUGGCGGGGGUUCUACAAAGGGCUAGGAACUAAUUUGUUGAGGGUUACACCAGCCACCAUGAUCACGUUUUUAACGUACGAAAAUGUAUCUCACUUUUUAGCUACAUACAGAAGUGAUGAGAGUUGAUGGAAUAUUGUUAUUUUAUUUUUUAUUAGUCAAUUUUACCGAUUCCUGUUACAUGUGAUGUAGAUUUUAAGUAGCGACUGAAGGGACCUUCUUGUCAAUUGUUAACUACAUAAGUUGUUAUUAUUUAAAUGUACAGUUACUUUGUAAAUUAAUGAAAUUUCUCAUUAAAACUGGAAGCCAUUUAAA